GGCAAAGAUAGAACACGACCUCCGCGAAGUGCUGCCAUGAGCUCUGGACCCUGGGCCCUCGAGUCUGGCGCUUUGGGCACCAUGAGCCCUGGGCCAUGCCCUGGGCCUGGGCCAUACCCUGGGCUUGGGCCAUGCUCUGGGCCUGGGCCAUGCACGGGGCCAUGGGCGGCGCUGGAGACCAGCGCUGGCGCCACGGGUUCGUUCUCCGGGCCGUGGAUGGAGCCGACUGGCACGAGGUCUGGCGCUUUGGGCACCAUGAGCCCUGGGCCAUGCCCUGGGCUUGGGCCAUGCUCUGGGCCCGGGCCAUGCACGGGGCCAUGGGCGGCGCUGGAGACCAGCGUUGGCGCCACGGGCUCGUUCUCCGGGCCGUGGAUGGAGCCGACUGGCACGAGGACCAGCGCUGUGGGGGCAAUAAGCUCCAUGAGCACCGGGCCAUGGACGGCACUGGAGCCGGUGGGUGCCGGUGCCUACGGCAGCUACAGUUCCAGCUGCGAGGCUGUCGGGCAAGACUGGGCUGCCAACCUCAGCUGCUUGAAAUGCGGCAAGAGCAUGCUGCCGGACUCCUUGUACUGCCGACACUGUGGCCACAAACGCGACACGCCGGUUGGCUACGAUCUUGCGAAUGGUCUGAGCGGUCUGAACGGCGCGCCUGUGCCGCCGCCCUUGGGGUUGGACACUCCGAACAAGACGUUCGACACUCAAAUCUUUCCCACGCAGCCAGCGCUGGACCCGCCGGGCUCAAAGCGGCUCUCCCCUCACCGGGUGGUCUACACAGGACACGGCCUCGAUGUCCAGGCACCACUGCCGCCCAGCCGACUAGGCACUUCAGCGCUGCCAAUGACUGCAGCUGGAUUGGAUGGCGACGUGGGCCCUCUCGCAGGCAAGGAUGAGCGGGAGCGCUGGUUCCAGCACUUGGAGGCCAGGCCCUAUGCAGGAGUCGGGCGAGUGCUGUCGCCAUCGCCGGAACGGGUGCCCAGCCCCGCUCCAGACUUCCGGACAGAUUACAUCGGGGCCGCAAAGACCAAGGCCUCACCACAGGCUUGCCACCGCGAAGGGCGGGAGGCCUAUGGCUUCCCCAGCGCAGGCAGCUUCGUGGCGGAGCCUUUCAGGGAAGGCGUUCCGAGCUACCCACCCAGUCAGUCCUCUUAUCCGAGUGCGCCGGACAGGUCUCGCCUGGCUCGAGCGCAGCUUCUGGAGCCGGAGAGGUAUGAGCUGCCUCGAGCCGGCACAGGUGCGGAAGGUGAUGGCUUCAGCCCCUUCCGCGACCGGAGUCCUAUGGCUGAGCGCGAUCGCGCUCCAUCGGGCCUUGGGUACGGCCGUGGUGACACCUAUUCAGGUGGCACUAUGUCAGUGGGACCGCCACCUAGCAGAUGUGGCAGCUACAGCCCAGGCUAUGCCAUGCCCACGUACGCGCUGCCCAGCGCCAGCAGCUUCGUGGCAGAGCCCUUUGCGCCGGGCGCGCCGAGCCUGAGGCCAGCUGUGCUACCUCUGCCUGGCAGCUACGGAGGCAGCGGUCUUGGCCUGGGCAUCGACCCCCUGGAAGGCUAUGGCGCAGGCCUUGGAGGCAGAGGUGGCUUGGGAACAGGCUGUGCUGGCAACAUGUACAGCUCCCCCCCUCCAGGCCCCAUGUUCUCCAUGCCGCCUGCGACGGGAUCCUUCGUUGCAGAUACCUCGCUGGCCAGAAGCCAAACGCCCUCAAGCCAGCCAGGCGGGCACACGGGAGGCUUGAAUGGCUCCGAGGAGAAAUGCGCAGGUGCGCGGGCCAAAUCUGUGCAGGCAUCCCCAGCAGAAGCGGGCGAGGCCAAAGCAUCAGCACCACGUCCAGUGACAAUGCCAAGGAAAUCGAAAAAGAAGGCGUCGCGAGGAACUUGCUGCUGAGUAAGCAUGGGCCUCACUAGCAGAAUGCCCAGCCGAGCAUUCUGGUGGAAGAUGAGGGAGCCAUUAGCUGCUCAGCAUCUAGCUUGCGAAGGUCCUCAGGACAUCAAGCAGGCGAGUUUGUCUC